AUGGCUUCUGGCUCCAACGAUGACGAGGGAAACACGGAAGACGUUUGCUGGAGUCUCAUUGGCUCGGCCUCGGAGCUCUCCAAGAAGCGCUGCCGUCUGAUGUACUCCUCCCUCGGCCACGACUCUGAUGUCUGCCUGUUCUUCGUCAAUGGCGAGUUCUUUGCCAUGGAUGCUCGCUGUGCACACGCCGGUGGUCCUCUAUGCGAGGGGGACAUUGAAGAGGCUAAUGGAGUCCUGAAGGUGUUCUGUCCAUGGCAUGACUAUGAAUUUGAACUAAGGACAGGGAAGUCAGGGACCUCUUUACAGCAACAGGUCCACGAAGUCAAGCUGGAGGAUGGCAAUGUGUACGUGAAACACACCAGUCGUCUCUCCUUACUGCCUUUUUCUGGAGAUCAGAAGACGGACAACCUCAAACCAGCUGCUUCGUCCAUCAGCCGCAAGUAA